AGACAUAAAGGAAGACAUAAAGUAGACAUAAAGGUAAACAUAAGGGUAGACACAAAGGUAAACAUAAAAUAGUCCGUGCAGCUUAUGCUGUUUUCAAGCUACGAAAUUUGGCAUCCUGAUUAAGAUGUUUCAGUGAACAAUGUAAAAACCAAGGGACAAUGGGAGGUUAAAUUAAUGAAAGGAUUGAGGAUUAUUUUUGUGUUUUAAUCUUGAGUUUUAAUUUUUAUUCUUUCCUUAUUCUUUUGUAAUUUUUUAGGUUGACCAUCGAUAGACAAUAUUUUUUUAAUUACUGAAUUAAACUUCGUUUUCCAAUGGCCAAUGCAAAAGUUGUUAAAUUUGAUGACAAAACUAAAAGAACACGUGACCGUUUGCUGACAUUAGUAUGUCUGACACUGCAGGCUCAAUCAAGAAGUUUUCAAAACACAAGCAGUGCAUGUUUGUGCGAGAAGAAAUUUGCUGAAAUAUCUUAAUAUAUGGAUGAUGACGGCGACAGAAAUGAAUAUACACUUACCUCUUUUGAACCUCUUUCACCAGAAGAUGAGAAAUCUGGUUUGCGCAAGUUUUUCGAGGAGAUUAAAACGAAAACUUUGCUCACUCUGGGACGUUCGUUCUCACAUGACAAUGUGAACGUGGAUCAAAGGUUGUCUCAAGCUAGCAAUAAUGGUUUAAGCAAUAGAAAGGAGGACACAAAUUUCAAUAGCAAUGAAAGUUUUAAAACCAAUGAUAACAGUAAAAGGGAAUUAAGUAAUGAGAGUGUAAAUGAAAACGCAAGAACUCCAACUUCCGUUUUAAGACGUCUCACUCACCUUGCUCUGUUGGAAAAGACAGAUCAAAAGCAUUCUCAAGUCACAAACAGUUUGAGGAAAUUCUGGAUGCCAGAUGAACAAUGCAAAGAGUGCUAUGAAUGUAAUCAGAAGUUCAACACGUUUAGAAGACGUCAUCAUUGCCGUCUUUGUGGUCAAAUCUUCUGCAAUCGCUGUUGUAAUCAAGUGGUAUCUGGACAGCAGAUUGGAUACACAGGAGUAUUUCGUGUUUGUAUUUACUGUAAAAAGAUUGUUCUAACCUACACAUCUGGCUCAGACAUUCAGAAGAAUCUUAUGCAACUAAAAGAGGAUCUUAGUCUUGUUUCACAUCCAGAACAAGGGCAUUCAGCUUUAAAUCAACAAGGUUGGAAGACAUACUUUCCUGAUCCUGAACUUAAAAUAUCAUUUGAUGUUUUUGGUGUGAGUGCAGAGGAGGCAAACCUGGUGAAACAGGAUUCUUACAAAGAACUAUGGCGUCAAAUAAUAUCGCGUGAAACUGGCCUAGAAUUUGUCACUCAUCGUGUCCGCUUUCGAACAUAUUCAGCCUGUUUUAUUGCACGUGAUUUAACAAAUUGGUUACUUAUCAAUAGAAAAGCAGCCAACAGGACUGUUGCACUUCACAUAUGUCAGGGUCUAUAUGAUCUUGGUUGGAUUGAGCCGGUGGGAGAGAAAGAAACGAUGUUUAAAGAUGAUUUUAUUCUCUACACUCCUGGACCUAGGGCAAAUGGAGACAUUGUUUAUACUGAAUCUUUUGCUUCCACAUCGUCGAUUGAGGCUCGAGACACUACGUCAUCAUGGCUUUCAUCAAGUUUCGACAAGAGUUGUUAUGACCGCAACAGAGAAGGAUUUCAUAAAAGUUAUUCAACAUCGACUAUUGUGACUCCUAAAGUGUACUCGCCGCCAUUUAAUGCCCGAUCUUUAUCGUACGAAAAUGUUCUACCUAAACGACAAGAAAAACAUGUUGAGCAGCCCAAGAUGCCCAAAGAAACUUCAAGAUCACAGCAAUCAUGUAUUGACAUUUUCGUAAAUGUCGAUAAUGCUUUUCUGCCAAAGACGGUCAUGUCCGAAAAUGUGGAGGAGGGGGCUGAGACUGAAAAUGACGUCAUCGGUGACGUAAAACAGGAUAAUGCAAGGAUCACAGUUAAAGAUCUAAAGAUUUCAUCAGCUGAGGAAAGGGAAGAAAAGAAUGCUCGGGAAAAGCUAAGUGUUAUCCAUAAGAAACAUAUUUCCGCGUUUCUUGUUCAAUUGUUGGACCGCGUUGGUCUGCACGAGUCUUGGAAAGAUGUCAUUGAAAAUAUCGCAAUAAAAGUUUGUAACAUGGUUUCUCCAGACAUUAAGAAUAAUGACGACAUGGACAUUCGGGAGUAUGUGAAGAUAAAGAAGAUCCCAGAAGGAUCUAGAAGCGAAUGUCGUAUAGUCAGCGGUGUUGUGUGCACGAAAAACGUUGUCCAUAAAAAAAUGGCGCCCGCUAUUACACAACCUCUCGUGUUAAUGUUAGCUUGCCCAGUUGAUUACCAGCGUGUAGAGAAUAAAAUGGCGUCUCUGGACUCCUUAGUCUUGCAAGAACACGAAUUUAUCAAGAAUUUAGUCGGUCGUAUUGCCGCGUUGAAACCGACCCUUUUAUUGGUAGAAAAAAGCGUAUCACGUUUGGCACAAGACAUGCUAUUGGCUAAAGGAAUCUCUGUCAUCAUAAACAUUAAACAUAAACUAAUGGCUCGUAUAUCACGAUGUGUUGAAGGCGAUGUAUUGCCAUCUCUGGACCAAGGCAGCAGGCCUAGGUUGGGAAGCUGUCAGAAAUUCAAAAUCCAAAAAUAUACUUUUCAGAAUGCUUUCUUUAAAACGCUGGCGUUUUUCGAAGGCUGUACUCCAAAACUGGGAGCAACGGUCAUUCUUCGUGGAGGAAGCCAUCUUGAAUUGAAGAAGGUUCAAAACAUUUUAAGGUUUAUGAUUUUUAUUGUUUAUAACUCAAAACUGGAGCAAGCGUUUAUUAUUGAUGAGUUUGGUAUGCCUUUUGUGGGAGACGAGCAAGAAAAGGAGAGUGAAAAUGGAAAGGAUUCUUCGUUAAAAAGAAGCGAAGUAUUGUUCACCAUUGAAGGUGAAUCGACUGUUAAGGAAGAAGAUUACGAAAAUGAGGAAACAAACGAAGGAGAGAUUAUGAAAUAUGAGAGUGAUGAACAACUUUGUGAAAGCGAUGUCGACUUGAAACAUGAUGAACAUGCAUCUACGACAGUAAACUCUGAAUUGUUAUUGAAUCAUUUCGUCGACGACAAAAAUGUUGAUCGUGAUGAUGCUUCUAUGGAAGAAAUGGGCAUAAAUGGCGAGACGUUCAUAAAGUUUCUUCAUAACAAUAUUUUAUCAUCGUCACCUUUGAUUCAAUACCCAUUGCCUUUCUUUUUAACUGCCGAGGGUAAAAAUUGUGAACUACGAGAAUUUAUCUCUGAUGAUAUGUACUGGACCUCGACGUUGCUCGGUAAAACCUCGUUGGCCCGUCGUAAUUCUCCGGAAGAGCUCGAACAUACACCGAGCGGACAAUUUGAGGAUGUUGUUCUGAUUGAUAGUCAUCCAUUUGUGUUUGCUAACACGCUAUUGGAUGGAGGAAAUUCGAAUGUCCUUGAUCUUCUUGCUAGUUUUAGAGCACAAGGAGGCAGGAUACAGUUGAUGGAAAAUGUUUGUGUGAAAGAUGUCUUAGAUGAAGAGAAAUGUGAAGGUUCUUGCAAACAAGAAAAUGAUUUACUGAAACAAUACACUUUGCGGGAUUGUUUUGACCCGUUUCAACAACAAAUGAUUGCAGUUGUGUUUAGCAGUUAUUCAAGAGAAUCUGCGAACUUUCCACGACCUUGUAUAGCACCGUGCACCGUGUUUAUGGAGUUUUACGGAAAGAAUGACGUCACUCUUGGAUAUUUUCUUGAACGUUACUGUUUCAGGCCAUCCUACGUGUGUCCCAAUCCAAACUGUGACGUACCUAUGGUAAAACACGUGAGAUAUUUUGCACACGGUGAUGGCGCUGUUUACGUCAAUAUGAAGAAUCUUGAGUCGCCUAUUCCGGGUUUUUCGACAACGUUACUAACUUGGAGUUGGUGCAAAGAAUGUAAACAGGUAACUCCUGUCGUCAAAGUUUCUCCAGAAGCGUGGAAUUUAUCUUUUGCUAAAUAUCUCGAGUUAAGAAUUUAUGCGACCCAAUAUGGACGGCGAGCGACCAUGGAACCUUGCAAACACUCAUUACAUCAAGAUCAUUAUCAAUAUUUUGCUUUAAAUAAUAUCGUCGCUUCGCUAAAAUAUGUGUCUUUAAACAUUUAUAAAGUUAAACUCCCGCCGACGGUGAUAAGAAUCAUCGAAGAAGAACGGCAGCCUUCGUUUUGGGUGAAACUUAUUCAAACUAUCAGUAAAAAGAUUGACCAGCUCAUAAAAUCCAUCAAUGAACGCAUUGCCAUGUUAAAGGUUGAAAGUCACAACUCGAAAUGUUUCUCAGAUAUAGAAUACGAUAAGGCUCCACUCGAAGAAAAGGUCAAAGUUCUAGAAAGCAAGGCAAAGCUCUUGUCCAGUCCUCUCUCCUUUCAAUCAGGUAGCGCAGACGAUGAAAGCUUAUUAGAGGCUCACGAAGUGUCAGCGGUCGAAUACGAAAUUUCUGAUGGUAUAAUUGUUCUAAAGAGAAUGAUUUGUGAAUGCUGGGAGACUUGGAACUCAAAAUUGAUGGAGUUGAUUCAAUUUGACAACGAAAAAAAGAAAAACAAAUCCAUUGAAAGGCAAUUGGGAAAUUCUUUACCAAAUCAGAAUCCAGCGGAAAAUUGUCACAUGAAUGUGUUUACCAACAACGUCGCCAUACAACAAAAAAACCAUAAUCCUAAUUUGACCUCCCGAAUCAAUUCAUUUUCUGUGGAUGAUACUUUGUCUUUGGCAGAAAUUAACUCAUUCAAUUCUGCAGAUGGGAAAUUUGGACAAGAUUUGCGUAAUCCCGACGUGUUACCGAACCUUACUGAAAGUUUAAACACAUUAGACUUUGAUCGAUCAUCGACCGAAGACGAACCGAAACCAGAAGACGGUCGUGGUCCAAAAAUCAAACGAAUUUUUUCUCAGUUUCUUCCUGGUUUGUCGUCUCGUUCAAUUCCAUGUCCAUUUCCUCUCAACGAACAUCAUAUGUUACCGUUGAGUGACGUCAUUCCAAUUGUGGUGAAUGAAAAAGAGCCAACGUCGAUAAUUGCGUACACUUUGAGCAGCUCAGACUACCGUGAACACCUGCAGAUAAUUCAAGCAUCUAUUGAUGAGUAUUCAGAAUCUUUUACUUGUAUCGAUGGAGACGAAACCUUAAAAAGUAGUGAGAAAUCAAGAUCAAGGGCAAGAUCAGAAACUUUAAGUAACACAAGUCUCAUGUCGAACAUUGAAGAUGAUUUAGUGGAAAAUUACUUUCAAUGGAAUGAAUCUGAAGAUGAUACGGUGUUGGUGGUAGAUUUUGUACAAAAAUCCAGCUCAUCAACUACGAACAACUCAACUAAUGAUGAAGAAAAUGGAAAAGAAAAAGGAAAAAUCGUAAAAUAUACAUCAAAAUCAACCGUUAAUCCUGCUAAGGUUGGGUUGCAUUCGAGGAAUCGGGCAAAUGAAGCAACUAAAGAGAGAGAAAUUAAUGAAAGUGAAGAAUCAAUUGCUGACGGUAAAGAUUUCACUCCAAGUUCAAGUUCAACUCAAGAUGAUACAAAAUAUCACAUAAGACAUUCUUUUUUAGACUCCUCAGCAAAGUUCUUUUGCAUCGUGUACUUUGCCGAACAGUUUCGAAAAAUCCGUAAAGCAUUAUUUCCAGACGGAGAAGAAAGAUACAUCCGCUCGUUGCAACAUUGUAUGAAGUGGCAAGCCACAGGUGGAAAGUCGGGCUCAUCAUUUUGCAAGACUACAGAUGAUCGGUUUGUGAUAAAAGAAAUGUCUCGUCCUGAAGCUCAAUCUUUUCUAAAUAUCGCGCCCUAUUACUUCCAGUACAUUGAGAAAGCAAUUUUAGAGAAGAAACCAACCUUACUUGCUAAAAUUCUUGGUGUCUACAGGAUCGGUUUCAACAGUAAACAGACAAAUGUGCCUGUUCGAAAAGAUCUUUUAAUUAUGGACAACAUCCUGUACAACUGUAAGGUUGACCAGGUUUAUGACUUGAAAGGCUCCAUACGCAGUCGAUAUGUAAAUCAUUCAUCUGAUAAAGAGAAUAAUGUCUUAUUAGACGAAAAUCUUUUGGAAAUGAUUACAGAAUGUCCGCUCUUCAUUCGUCCACAUUCAAAAGCGGUUUUAUCGCGAGCUAUCAACAAUGACACGGAAUUUCUCGUCAAACAUAUGGUUAUGGAUUAUUCUCUGCUGUUAGGGAUUGAGCGAAGUACAUCCACAUGUGUUGUCGGAAUUAUAGACUUCAUACGAACUUUUACAUGGGAUAAAAAAUUAGAAAUGUACGUCAAAUCAACUGGUAUUCUUGGUGGACAAGGCAAAAUGCCGACUGUUGUCUCACCUGAACUCUACAGAGAACGUUUCUGCUCGGCCAUGCAACGAUAUUUUCUUAUGACACCAAAUAAAUGGCUUGGCCUUGGAAAUGAAGUUAAAUAACUCUUAGAAGUUUAAAUUAUUAUAUGAAUGGGAUAGGGGGUAAAUAGGAGUACUGUGGGAUAAGACAACGGUGGCAUAUUUUUUGGUCUUUCAAAGCGAAUUCAAACACGAUUUCAGAAAAUUAAUAAAAGUAAUUAUUGUUAGUACUAUUUGUAACAUAUAGGUUUAUUCAUUAACGUUUUCGUAGCAAAUGUUAAUUUGCUCUUUAAUUAUGUUUUGUUAGAAAUAAUUUCUAUUUGUGAAGUUAAACCAAAUUACAAUUUAAUUGGUUUUAUUCACCAUUAUAGCAAAUUAUUGUCGAGUGCUUUUCGGCUAUAAUUCAUUAAAAAAAAACAAUGUGAAAACUACAUAAAAUAAUAUUUAGAAAACCUGUCAGCAUUGUCUGAGUGACAAUAAAUUUUUUUUUCCUUUCUCCGACUCA